AUGUCUCCUGCCGCAUCUGCAUCCCAGAAUUCCCAAGCCAAGGCUGCGCCCACAAAAGUCAAUGAUGUCGAUGCUAUGGCUGCAAUGGCUCACAGAGGCAAGGCUCUCCCCGGCAUCCCCAAGUUCGAUUACCACGCAGAUAAGCGCAAAUGGCAGCUAGAACACAUGGCGGGCGCAUUUCGCGUCUUCGCCCGCGAGGGAUAUGCAGAAGGCAUUUCAGGACAUAUCAGUGUGCGAGAUCCCAAGUUCGAGGAUCGGUUUUGGAUCAACCCGCUCGGCGUACACUUUGGAAUGUUGAAGGCGAGCGACAUGAUUUGUGUGACUAUCGAUGGUGAUGUGGUGGGUGGGAAUACAGCUGGCUCAAUCAAUGCUGCUGGAUUCCAAAUCCACAGUGCGGUGCAUAAAUCACGUAAAGACGUGCAUGCUAUAUGUCACACGCACUCGGUACACGGACGAGCUUGGUCGGCGUUUGCAAAGCCCCUGGAAAUGAUCAAUCAGGAUGUUUGCUAUUUUUACAAGGCCCACUCUGUCUACUCCAACUAUGGAGGCAUUGCAAAUGAGGCGUCCGAGGGACAACGAAUUGCUGAAAGUUUAGGCGAUGGCAAGGCCGUGAUAUUGAUGAAUCAUGGCCUCCUGACUGUAGGGGAAACCGUUGAUGAAGCAGCAUUCCUGUUCUGCCUCAUGGAAAGGAGCUGCAAAGUCCAACUGUUGGCCGAUCGAACUGAACUUAAAAAGCAAAUUGUGAGCGAUGAGGAAGCUGCUUACAAUUUCAAGAUGGCAAGCACUCCAGAGACUCUCUUUGCUGAGUUUCAGCCCCAUUUACAGUAUGAGGAUCAUCUUUGCAAAGGCGAAUUCAAGUCUUAG